AUGGCCAAGAUGCUAAAGGGAGCUGAAGGAGCUCUGUGCCUUGUGCUGGGCUGCAUGAUCUUCCCCGACGGCUGGGACGCCGAGACGAUCCGGGACAUGUGUGGGGCCAAGACCGGGAAGUACUCCCUGGGGGACUGUUCGGUGCGCUGGGCAUACAUCCUGGCCAUCAUCGGCAUCCUCAACGCCCUCAUCCUCUCCUUCCUUGCCUUCGUGCUGGGCAACCGGCAAACGGACCUGCUGCAGGAGGAGCUCAAGCAGGAGAACAAAGAUUUUGUGGGCUCUACAGUAAGCUCUGUGUUGCGGCCAGGGGGUGAUGUCUCUGGAUGGGGAGUCCUCCCCUGUCCCGUCGCUCACUCACAGGGACCCUGA